CAUAGCAGUACAGUGACGCGCUGAGGGUUAGAGAGCCUCGAGUCCUCCCUCCUGCUUUUCACAUGAUCUGUAAGCUUUCACAGGGGGAGAGACAGGAAUGUGGAGAGGAGCGACAACAACGAUGGCUGAGCGAGGUCCCUCCAAAAUGCGUUUGUUUUACACUGCGGCCAUCUGGCUGACAUUCAUCUGCUGCAGCGAUGGAAUCCCCUGGACACAAGAAAAGCUCCACCACCGAGCUCUCACUCUAACACAAGAUGAGAUCAGCACUGCCCUGUCUCACACUGACCUGGAGCAGAUGUGGCAGAGGGACCUGACACCACUGCUGGUCACCAGGUACCCAGGUUCUGCCGGCAGCCAGGCCGUUCAGGAGCAUAUCAAGACAACCCUCGGUUCCCUCGGAGCAGGCUGGGAGGUGACGGAGGAUAAGUUUGUGGCACAAACACCCUAUGGUCCCCUGCCCUUCACAAACCUCAUCGCCACCCUCAACUCAUCAGCCAAGCGCCGCCUGGUCCUGGCCUGUCACUACGACUCCAAGUACUACCCACCACAGUGGCACGGGAGGGAGUUCCAAGGCGCCACUGAUUCCGCCGUCCCCUGCGCCAUGAUGUUGGAGCUGGCCCGAGCCCUGGAUGAAGAACUGAAAGCUCAGAAGAGCUCCAGUCCUGAUCUGACCCUGCAGUUGCUCUUCUUUGAUGGCGAGGAGGCUCUCUUCCAGUGGAGCGCAGCAGACUCUCUUUAUGGCUCUCGCCACCUGGCCCAGAAGAUGGAGACCACCCCACACCCCGCAGGAGCCACGGACACCAACCAAUUGCAUGGCAUGGACCUGUUUGUGUUGUUGGACCUGAUCGGGGCUCCUACCCCACGCUUCGGCAACCAGUUCCCCAGCACUACACACUGGCUCUCCAGACUGCAGAGCAUUGAGAGGCGUUUACACUCCAUGAACCAGCUGGUGGAUCAUCCUAACAGCGUGCAAUAUUUCUGGCCCAAUAUCCCUGUUGGCCACAUACUAGAUGAUCAUGUACCAUUUCUAAACAGAGGUGUACGCGUCCUCCACCUUAUACCCUCCCCCUUUCCAUCCGUGUGGCACACGUUUGAUGACAAUGAGCAGAACCUGGACCGCUCCACCAUCCAGAACCUCAACAAGAUCCUGCAGAUUUUUGUUCUGGAGUACCUCAACGCCAGACCUACUGUCCCUUCAACCCCACAAAAUGCCCCAUAAGUUAAACUAGCACUAUCACUUCAACAACUUUUAUUCUUUUAAUGUUCACUGUAGUAAAGAUCUUCAGCUGUUAUUUUAUACAGAGGGAUACAUUCCAUUUAAUGCUGUUCAAACCCCAACAAUAUGCAUUAUUUGACCCUAAGAUCAAGGAUUCAGUUCUGCAUAUUAGAUGGGAGCCAGCUGCCGAAAACAUUUUACAUAGAGAACAUGUCAAUGUCAUCUACAUUAAAGUCUUUGUCUGAACGUAUAGUGAUUUAUAAGCUUCAUCUUUCCUUCAAGUCCCCAGCAACAAGAUCAGCACACAGGAUCCUCUGUGUGUCUGUUACUACACUGCUCUCUUUAUAUCAGCCGAAAGCCCUUCUUUACACAGUGAGGGUGCAUCUUUGUGUCAAUGCUAAUGUCUAGGAUCUGGUGCCCUGAAGAGAUGGAGAAAGAACAGUGCUAUGAAACCUUUUAUAUUACAGACUCCACCCUGCAACAUUAAAAUACAUGAAUGUGUUGCGAGCCCAAAGGUGGUGAUAGUUUCAUUAUGAGUUGUUUUUGCACAGCUGUGGCCUGAAAACAUGUGCUUGUAGUCACAGGUGUUGAUUUGGGGGUGGGGGAUUUCUUUUGACAAAAUUAAAGACAUUUACAGCACAAAUUGCUGCAAAGAAAAUCACCAGAAUGCAGGAAAUCAAGUGUCUGUCGCCCAAAUCCUGCAUUUCAUAUAUGUGUCUCCCCCCAUGUUGAAAUUAAUUAUACGCCCUUGCUUAUAGUCAUAACAGAUAACAUGCAGGAUCUCUGAUGUUGUUAUGCUGUGUGAUAAAUAUAUAAAUAUAUAUGGCCACACACAUGGGGCAGGGUAUCUGGCGAUACACAUGAAAUUGUGUCAAACUGUGUCUUUUAGCUACAAGCUAGCACACAAACUGUGUGUGACAUUUCCUCUUCUACAGUACAUGUGUUCAGAGCAAACCUGUAAGGGGCAGGAAGUGGGUUUAUUUGUAUUAUAUCAACAAUCUGUUCAUAUCCUGUCAUCUUAGAUAGUGAAGUGGACAACUUCCUGUGCUGAUGUUUCACGUGCCUACCUUUGUUGAUACGAAAUUAUUAGCCUGACCUUUAUGUAGAUCCCAGAAUAAUAUACAGUGCUAAAACUGGACUUCCUGUAUUUUGAAGCUGGAAUAAAUGUUGAUUCAGAUUACAAACGA